AGUCUCUGAGGAGAUGGACACCUCUUCUUGUUCUGGACGAUCUCCGUCUCCUACUGGGACUGUCUUCUUACCCCCUCCUAUCAUGUGGAACAGUCUCUACAAGCAGGCAGAGAUGGAGGUUCAGUUCCUGAGGGAAGAGAAGAAGACCUGUACAGAGAAGGAAGCCCACAUGCUUGAGUUGAGGGGGAAGGAUCGAACGAUCCGAAAUCAGAAGAAGGAGAUGGACAGACUUCAAGUGUGCCUCUGGGAGGAGGAAAAGAAGAAGAGGAAUGGUGGAACGGAGAAGGACGAGAUGAUUGAACAAUUACAGUCUGAGACAGACCAUCUCAGAGCCCUUUUGAAAGAUGAAAGGAGGAGAAGAAGAGUAGAAAGGGGUAUUAUGAAAGAGUGGAAGGCUGAGAUCCUGAGACUGAGGGAGGCAGAGAGACAGAGAGAAGCAGAGAGAAGCAGCGAGACAGAGAGAAGCAGAGAGGCAGAGAGAGCCACAGAAUGGGAGAACCAGAGAAAAAUGCAGGAAGUCAACAGACUCAAACAACUGCUGGAGCUGCUGAUGGUGGACCUACAACUGGCCCACGUAAGACAUGUCAUUGUUAUUAUUAAAAGGCAGUGUAUAUUCACCCGGCUGAAAAUGAAUGGCGGCAGUAUGCUAACCCAAUGUUAACUUUUAUGCCUUUCCUAAACGUUAACCCUUACCUUAACCUCACUGAAACUAUACCUUUACCAUAACCCAACCCUAGGUCCUAAACCUAACCUUCAUUUAUCUCAACCCCUACGCCUUUCUUCUGCCGGUUGAAUAUCCACUUCCUUAUCAACGUCAUUACUGUUGUUGUUGUUGACAACUGUAUCUGUGCAGGUUGUAAAUAAUUGCAUUAGUGAAACAUCAUUUGUAGUAGUAAUUUCUACAAGCAUAAACAUCAGAGGCAACAUUAAAUUGCAACAGGAAUUUCUCAAACCCCUAACUGAAUGGGCAAGCUAGUUGUGUGUUUGUAUUUGUACACAUUUUGGACAUAAUUGAUUCCAUAAAAUGUCUCAUAAUUUUUUCAAACCAUGUCAAUACAUUAAUUGACAAUGAAUUGUCCAGAUGAAUUGAUCAAAAUGACCCUGCUAUUGAUGUUGUUCAGUGUUUGAUUCAAUUACCUAGGUCUAAGUUGUAUUUCUAUGUAUCAUUCUCUGCAAAUGCUUUGAAAGUAUGUUUUGGUCAUAGAUUAUCACUAAUUUCACCUUUUAAAUUUAAGCAAGAGAUAGAGAGAUUGAGGCUAUGGCAGAAAGUCAUGGAGAAUCAGCGACCAAGACUGGCCUGGAACAACAACCCUAUUGAGACAGAAAGAGAGAGGGAAAGAGAGAGGGAAAAAGAGAAAGAAAGGGAGAUGGAAAGGGAGAGAAAAGCAGAAUUGGAAAGACAAGAAAUGAAGAAGAAAGUAAAACAGGCAGAAGAAACGAUAAAAGUGUUAGAACGAGAGAUUGAGAGAUUGAAAGAGACUGAAAAGGAAAUCAUAUUUGAAAGAGAAAGAGACAUGCGUAUUGCAGAGAAUGAGAAAGUCAAACUGGUUAACGAAAAGGUGAAAGAGUUAGAGAGAGAGGUUGAGAGACUGAAAAAAGAUAUGACAACAAAAGAGAUUCAAUACAAAAUCAAAUUUGAAAGAGCGAAAGAAGCGUAUAGAAGACAGAAUGAGAGAGUGAAACAGGUUAACCAAAAUGUACUAGUGUUAGACAGAGAGGUUGCGAGAAUGAAAGAAGACAUUAGAUUGAAAGAUGAGACUGAACCAGAGAGAACAUUUGAUAGAGACAGAGAAAGAGAAAAUGAUUGGAGACGAAGUGAAGAGGAGAUGACAAAUAGAGUGGAGAGAGAGAUGGAAAUGGAAACAGCCCUCAUCAAUGACAAAAAGACAUCUGAAUUGGAGGAAGUCUUCAAGAAAAUCAAGGAACAGCUGAUAGAAUUAGAAAAUAUGGAAACAGACAAAUAUAAAUGGAAACAGAACCAAAUGGACAUGGAGGAGAAGAUGGAGGGUGAGAACAACAAACAGAAAGAGAUAGAAAGAAAGAGAAUGGAGAAAAUUCCAAAACAGAGACAACAAGAAGAUGAGAAGAAGAAGGAGAUGGAGAGAGAAGAAGAAGAGGAGAGACACAAACAGAAGCACAUAGAGAUGGAAGAGGAAGAAAGAGGGAGUGAAAAAGAGAAACAGAGAGAGAUCAAAAGGAAGAGAAUGGAGAAGAGACAGAAAAAUAUGGAAAGAGAAGAAGAGAGACAGAGAGAGAUUGAAAGAGAGAAUGAAGAAGAACGAUGUAAACAGAAGCAAAUUGACAUGGAGAAGGAGGAAAGAGAGAGGGAGAACAAUACACAGAGAGAGAUAGAAGAGAUACACAGAGGACAACAACGAGAGGAGAGACAAAAACAAACGGAGAAGGAGAAAGAAAGGGAGAAAGACAAUGAGAAUCAGAGAGAGAUGGAAUUAAAAGAUCGGCAACAGAAAGAGAUGGAGAAAGAAAAGAUGAUCAUGAGAGAGAGGGAGGAAGCAGGAAAAAGAAAGGAGGGGCAGAAAAAUAUUUUGGGGGAAAUUGAGGGACAGAAUGAACUGGAGAUAGAAGAGGAGAGAGAGAUGGAAGACAAGCAUGAAGUGAUUAAGGAAGCAGAGGAAGAGUACAGGGAAAGAGAAGAGAGAGCAAAGGAAGUAAGCAUGAAGAAACAUGUAGUAAUGAAUGUUAAAGCAAAAGCACGGGAAGUCUUCAAUAGACGUAAAGAGAGAAGGUUAGAAGUGUUGAAGGGGGAACGAGAACACAUAGAAAGAGGACAACAAAUCAGGAGGGAGAAGGAGGAAAGACAGCUGGAGAUGGAAAGAAAACAGGAGAGGGCAAGACAACAAGAGGAGCAGGAUAAAAAACAAGAGAUUGAAAUUGCUAGACAGAAAGAAAUGUUCAGACUAAGAGAGGAGGAGAGGCAGAGAGAGGAAGAGAGAGAGGAGGAGAGAAAGAGAGCCGUUAAAGGCCAUUUAGCUUUAAUCAGAGAGAGAGAGAUAAUAGAGGCAAACAGAAGAGAGGAGAUGGUGGAAGAGGAAAGAAGGGAAUUCCUUGAAAAGCACAAGAGGGGUGACUUAGAGGAGGAGGAGGAAAAGGAAGAAGACAAGGAGGACAUUCUCCCACCUGAUAAAAGUAUCCGAAGGAGAGCUGUGGGCUGGAUAAAUAAGAAGUGGGAGAAGAGGAACCUCAAGAAGAUCGAGAGAACCUAUCAGAGAGAAGCUGAGGAGGGCUAUAAGAUCGUCCACAUAGCCAUCCCUGGACACACAAGGCUAACAGCCACCAUGACACGGGCAGAGAGAGAGAGGGAGAAGAGGAAGGAGCUGCUGAAGGCUGAGAAGAGAAGGAAGAAGAUGGAGGAUUUUAAUAAGCAGUGGAGAGAGCAGUCCCUGCUUAAAAAACAAACUCAUCAGAAACUGAUGGAGGAGAGGGGGAAGAUGAAGGGACAUUACCUGGAGCAGAUGAAUCUGGAGGCUGAUGCUCAAAUCAACACCCGGUGUCUAACCACCCAACACAGCCACGAUUAUCUGGAGACAACACAGCCCACUGGAUCUGGAGAUGGCCACCAGGAAAGGCCAAGGAGGCAACAGGCAUGGGCAGAGAACCAGCAGGAGUGGCCAGAGAACCAACAGGGGGGGCCAGACAGCCAGCAGCUAGAAGCUCCAGAAGAGGCUGAAACAUCAGAGCCAACCUCCAAGAACAAGAAAAGGCCAGGCAUCUGGAAGAGAAUUAAGAUGGGCAUUCCUGACGUGCUGUCUGCCUAGAGCUGGAACUCGAAGAAGCCACAGUUCCACUGAGGUUACAUUGGUCAUUAAAAGUGUUGCCCAAUAAUUCCUCCUCCUCUUUAAGUCAUCAAGCCACAUUUCCUCCACAAAACAUGAUCGUCUCCUCAAGCCAGCAAGUAUCCUCUUUAUCAGGCAACAAACCAUCGAAGGUCAGUGACUCUCCUCCCCAGAGCAGAGGUUCUCAUCUUUAUCCUAAUUAAAUUCAUCUCUGCUCACCACCUCUACUGUCCUAGAAAAUAUCCCAAAAAUGGAAAUGGUUUAAACAGAAGUCCUCCCCUCAGACCAGUGGCUCCACAAGCCAGAGUUUCUUAUCUUUAUUCAAGUUGAAGGCAACUCUGAUCAUUUCCACCACCUCACCUGUUAAGGGGAGGUGCUGAAAAGGAGGUCUGGGAGGAGGUCUGCAGGUAGCCUGGACCGGACCGGUAGCAGCUAAGUUACUGGCUCCAUCCCCGGACAGAGCUACUCAAGUCAGGCCAGUGAUGUUUGACGAUGUCAUUUUUGUUAUUAAAGUUUUACGUUUUAAUAAAAGCAUUACAUUUA